GCCAGCCUACGUAGCAACCAAGUUUAUCUUUGUUCUGAACAAAACAAGUAACAAAACACACUACUGCUCUAGUACCAGUAGUGAGUCCUUCCCGUCAUUAUGGAGCGCAGGAAGGCCAUCGUCGCCAGGAUGCGGGACCUGCUCGCCCGGGCCGCCUCCGCGCAGGCAGCGCACUGCAGGCUCCGCCGAUCAACCGCCGCCACCACCGCCAGGAAAUGGAAGAGGGCGGUAGGCCGAAUCCAGAAGAGGGGGGCCUGCAACGGCGAGGACGGCCAUGCGCGGGAAGAGGAAGACCACGGCGCGCUACUGGCCUCGGCGUCGUCGUCGUCCAUCUCCAGCUGCAACGGCAGCGGCUUCAGCUGCAGGGACGCCACCGCUGCCGCCGAUGCGGAGGCAUGCUGCUCGUCCACUGCGGUCAGCUGUCCGUGGCCGGCGACGCUGCGGCUGUCUUCAUGUGGCAGCGGCUCGUGGUCGUCGGACGAGAACGACGACGACGACGUCAGGAUGGCUCACUGGGUCACCACCGAUUCUGACUGUAAGUAUAUACAAUCCUGUUCCCUGGUCACAAAUUCAAAACCAAAAUUUUCAGUUGUGGUGUUGGAGCUCUAGCUAGCCACGAAGAUGCAGCAUGCACAUGCUGACAUGACAUGAAUGAUAUAUGGAUAUGACCUGCGAAUAAACUUCAUUAACGUGUUCGUGCUUCUUCAUUACUGUUAUUGGGAUGAACUUCAUUGUUUAUUGCAAAACCCAAUAUUGUACCGCGAUUCAAAAUUGAAGAUGAACAAACCAUCUCUUAUUUUUC